AUAGACUCGUCCCUCGUCCCGAUGAUUAACUACACUUGUUUCUGUUUCGUGGGGUCUUCCUAAAACGAAACCCUCGUCCCUCCUUCCCCUUCCACUAGAAGACGAACCGUCGAUUUCCGCGGCGUUCGGUUCGCCAUGAAUCGGCUGGCGGCGGCAGAACCGCGCAGGAGCGCCCGACUGCAGUCCAAGCGUGCCCGCGAUGCGUCCCCGCCGGCGGGCCGUUCCGUCAAACUUGUAACUGAUGCGGAAACAUCAGGAGUCAAACCUGCUGGAGAGAGCGAAACAGAGGAAGGCGGUGCAUGUGAUGCCGGAGCAGAGUUUACUGGCCGUCAGCUACUCUUUUUGACACCAGAUGAACGGAUAUCCCGUUGGAGGCGUCUAUACAAGAAGAGAGCCAACAUGUCCUUGGUUUUCUAUCAUAAGAGUCACCCUGAUCGCUACGAGUUUACACACGUGCGCUUGAACGAUGUUUUUGAUUUCAUCGAGGGCUACUUCGCCUAUUUGCACAUGAACUUCAAGGCAAGGAACGUCGCCACAGGGUCAGAGCAAAUCUUCUUUUCCGAGUUGAUGGCAGAAAUGGAUAAUAACGACAAUGCCUCCAAUGGAUAUUAUCGCGUCAGUGCAUGCGACAUUGUUGAUGGUAACUCUGCUGGUGGCCGUAAAAAAGAAGUUGAGUGUAAGUACAUCCCAGGAUAUAAGAAUGACAUGGAAAAUUGCUAUGUAUGUGCUGAGAAAAUCAAGCACCCUGUCGGAAGUACAUACAAAGGAGGCCAUUCCGUUUCGGACUAUGGCGUGGAAGAAAUUUCUACCGAAUGAGCUAUACAAAACUGCGUUGAGUGCCGUAAGAAGAUAUGCGCAUGGCGUCAGAUCGUUUCG